AUGCGAUUUCCUCCCGAAGGUCUCUUCCAGAGAGUGAUGCUGUUGAGUGGCACGGCACUGAGUUCCUGGGCGACCGUCCAUAAUCCCGAUAGUUUGCGGUUGAGUGUUGGCAAGCAGAUGGGCUGUUUGCCUCAAGAUUCCAAAGCUACCGAUGGAGCGGACAUUGCUCCUUGCAUGAGGUCCAGGCCGAUUGAAGCCAUUCAAGAGCUGCAACUGGAUAGUGUGCGCUUCAUGCCUCAAAUCGCCCCAGCUCUUCCAGUCGACCCAGAGUCUUCGGAUCCGGAUUUUGCGAUGGAGCAUGCAAGCGACUCCUUCAUAACUUGCGAAGUGAUGCUGGGAAUCACCACAACGGAAAGUUAUGCAGACUUUAACGCCAACGAUAUCCAGUAUGGGUUUGAGGAGGACCAUCGGAACCGAGUGCUGCGGACUUACAUCCGGAACACUUACGUGUACCAUUUGAACGAGAUUUUCAGUGCAGUGAGGAACGAGUACACGGACUGGGACAAGCCCAUUCCGCAUCCCAUUAAUAUUCGGGACUCCACCAUGGAGGCUCUAAGUGAUGGGCACACAGUGGCGCCGGCUGUUCGGGUUGCUUUCCUCCAUGCCCGGCGGGGUGCCAAGACGUACUUUUUCCAUUUUGGGUACCAGACGAAAAACAGCGACUAUCCCCAGCGCCUAGGCAGCGUGAGGGGCGAAGACUUAACUUACAUAUUGGGGCUGCCGCUUGUAGGAGGACUUCCCUACUUUCCUCAGAACUACUCGAAGCAAGAUAUGGGCGUGUCCGAAGCGCUGCUGAACUUUGUGAGCAAUUUUGCUAAGAGCGGCGACCCGAACGCUCCUGGCAUCCACAAAGAGGCACCCGAUUAUGGUACCCCUAGGGAGAAAACUCGCUAUCGAGGCCUGACUUGGGACCCGUAUGAGAUCGGUACUCAGUACUAUCUGAGCAUAACCCAAAAACCAAAGAUGAAAAGCCACUACCGCGGGCAUAAAAUGGCUGUCUGGUUGAACCUCAUUCCUCAACUGCACCAACCAGGAGACGAAGACGUCAGCAUGCGGCAUCACCACUUUUAUGAACGGGAACCUCACUUUUACGCAGGAGCCGUUAGAGUUGAAUCGUUCACGCGACUGCCGCCCGUAAUGCAUCCUGCUUCCAUGACGGAUUCGCAAAUGAUCGGCGACAGAUCUGGACAUACGGAUUGUCCGCCUGUAAGCACCGCUGAAGAGAACGACGACAAUGAGGAGAAUGAUAAAGAGCAGGAGAAACUGCUAGAGCAGCUGACCACUCCGCACUACAGCUACACCGCCGCUUUGGGUGUUACUAUUGGGAUUGGCAGUCUUCUGCUGAUACUCAACAUGUUGAUUUUUGCAGCAAUUUACUAUCAGAGAACCAGAGAUCUGAGAUCUGAAAACCAACGCUCUCACUCAAUCUCCAGACGCUCCCGCGGCACCUCGACUCCUUCAACGGAAGAAACAAUGCCGAUGUCGCAAAGACUAAGCACUCCGGGCAGUAGCGCACGCCAAUCCCCACUAGUCCAUAGACGCGACAUGGAAAUGGCCGAAAUUUCCCUGGGUUUCUCCACGAGGAGCAAAAAAAUCUUUAAACGACCCACACCCAGCUUGCUGUUCUAGUGGCUGGAUGGUGGACGUGUUCAUUUUCAGUGCGAGCAUUUUCAGGGACUCGUGGAAAGUGUGCAAACGGGACAAUUUCUUUCCUCAGUUCUGCCCUAAUGUCGUCGAUGGCUAUAAUGUACGGGUUUGAGUGUGACUAGAUCUAAUUUCUGUUCUAUUGAACUUUUCGAACCCUGAAGGUGAAUACAAACUUUUGUUUA